AUGGCUCCUCUUCCGGAGUCCAAGACAGAUGUUGUCAUUAUCGGCGCCGGACCAGCGGGUCUCAUGGCCGCCUUGUGGAUGACGAAGUGUGGCAUCGAUGUACGGAUCAUCGAUAAACGCGCAACGAAAGUCUUCAAAGGCCAGGCCGAUAGCCUUCAACCCCGAACGAUGGAAAUUCUCGACUCGUUUGGGAUAGCCGACGAAAUCUACAAGCGUGCCGCUCAUCUGGUCGAAUCCCGGUUCUGGGCUUCUGGAAAAUCUGGUGGUAUUGAGCCCUGUGGAGUCGCUUCAGAUUACUACCCAGAGCUCAGCCGCUUCCACCAGGUUCUCAUCAACCAAGGCCAAAUCGAACGCACUCUGCUUGACGCCAUCAAAGAGUUGGGAAAUGUCGAAGUUGAACGCGGCGUAGCGCCGACCAAAUUGCAGAUCGACGAGCAGAACCUCCAGGACCCCCAGGCAUAUCCGGUCCAGCUGACGCUUCGGCACCUGACCGAGGAGGAAAUAGCCGAAUCGCCGGCCGCUCCGGUUCCUACACCGGGCGCAUUUGGCAUUAACCCGGGCGAUGAGAAAGAGCUGGAACGAAAACCCACCGGCAAAGAAGGCACCGAAGAGGUGGUCCAUGCGAAAUACGUCUUCGGAUGUGAUGGGGCGCGGAGCUGGACGCGAAAGCAGAUUGGAAUCAAGCUUGUUGGAGAAGGCAAAGACUCUCUGUGGGGAGCUGUGGACAUCGUUCCCGUGACCGACUUCCCCGAUCUUCGUGUGAGAUCUUUUGUAACCACCUCUCAAGGGACCAUGGGGAUUGUUCCUCGCGAGAAUGGCAUGAUCCGUGUUGGCGUGGAACUCGACGGUAUUGAUAGAAGCCAAGCUUCACCGGAGACCAUUAUCGAGCAAGCACAGAAGCUCCUAGCGCCGUACACGAUCAAUUUCUCGCAUUAUGAUUGGCAUGCUGUCUACCAGAGCAACCAAAGGUUAGGGUCGAGCUUUUCCAAAAGUGAACGUGUGUUCCUUGCUGGAGAUGCAGUACACACACAUUCGCCAAAAGCAGGAAUAGGGUUGAACUUCAGCCUACAAGACACUUACAACCUCGGCUGGAAGGUUGCACAUGUCAUCAAGGGGAUUUCCAAGCCCUCCAUCCUCAAGACAUAUGAGACUGAACGUCGCGAGGUGGCUCAACAACUCAUCGCGUUCGACGAAGACCUUACCGCAAGAUUCUCGGCCGGUGAAGAUAUUAAGGAGAUUUUUGCCAAGGAGCUUCCGUUCACCAGCUGCACAUCCAUCGAGUACGGUCCGAGCAUGGUAGUUGCUAAAACCGGCGCCAACAUAGUCAGCAAGCAAGAGCUGGCGCAACACAUCAUUGUGGGAAGACGAUUUGCGUCACAGCAGGUCAUCGAGCAAGCCAGCGGCUGUCCUCUACAAUUUCAAGAAAGAUUUCCCAGUGAUGGCAAAAACUCGGACAAAUGCUCGCUCUACCGCUACCCAAGGAUCAGCCUGAAAACGGAGAAAAUAUCUUUGAUGUUCUUGUACUGCAUAGUUCAAGACGAGAAGACGUUCGUUUCUGCAGAUUGCCUUCGACGCUUUGCUCGCAAUCGCAAUCAAACGUUUAUGCGGAUAAUCUUCCGUACUCGGGAGGACUCGGGACGGCUUAUCAGGCAUAUGGUGUCGACAGACUGA